AUGAUCGACGUCGAAGGUAAGAGGUCGUUCACCUCUCAGAACAUCAAGGACGAGGACGGCAAGGUCCUUCGGGACCCCACGUUUAUUCGCCAACGGUGGGCACGGUGGUUCCACAAGCUUCUCAACACCAAGUCGCCGACCAUCGACCUGCAUGCGGCUGACAAGGUCAAGCGGUGGCCCACGUGCGUGCCACUCGACGACAUCCCAUCUCUACUUGAGGUUGAGGAAGCGGUACGGGAAAUGGCCAACAGAAAGGCCGUCGGGCCGGACAACCUACCGGCUGAGCUGAUCAAGCUUUUCCUGGACGGAGAUCAAGGUCUCCUCCGCG